UUAACCCUGAACUGAGAGAGGAGAGGCGCAGUCAGGGAGGCAGGACGGCGCACUGGAAAUGCACGAACAACUUACUAUUGCGCAAGUGAUCGGCGAAUUAUUAAACUCUGAACUUGCGGAAAGCAUGAAAGCGUGACUGGAGCCCGAUUAAAUUAGUACACAGAUACCAGAUGAGUGUUUUGUAGAAAACGCGGGGCUCAGUGCUGCACCGAUGAUUUGAACACAGUUUGUAGCUCUCCAGUUCUGGUUUCUGUAAGCGGGCAGUUGGGUGGCUUUUGACCUGUGUUUAGAGAGUUUCACCAUCCUGAGCUGAGGAAUAAUAAACAUGACGGUGGCCAACGCAAAGUCUGGCUCAGCCAUGCAGCAGGUUCUGGACAACCUGAAAGAGCUGCCAACAGGCACAGGGGCCAAAGACAUUGACCUCAUCUUCCUCAGAGGCAUCAUGGAGAGCCCCAUCGUCCGAUCCCUUGCCAAGAUAUUUACUUCUUCUGUCAUGCCCUCAAUUUUUGGUUUCUGCGUUGAGGCUCAUGAACGUCUUGAGGAAGUUAAACUGCAAGCCGUCCGGGACGAUAACGUUCAGCUAGUCACAGAGAUCUUGGAUUCCCUCAACGUCUUGCCUGAAAAAGAUGCUGCCGCUGCCGAGCUCGCCAGAAUCCUCCAGGAGCCUCACUUUAAGUCUUUGAUCGAGGCUCAUGACAAAGUGGCUGCAAAGUGCUAUGAAAUGCCCCAUGCUGCGGUUAACAGCAAUUCAUUGUUGACAAGUUCACUCAUGCCAGCUGAUGCCGUCAGGAUGAUUGGUAUCCAAAAGAAAGCUGGAGAACCACUGGGGGUGACGUUCCGGGUGGUGCAGGGAGAGAUGGUGAUCGCACGGAUCCUGCACGGCAGCUCGAUUGACAGGCAGGGCAUGCUGCACACGGGGGACAUAAUCCGCGAGGUGAACGGUCGAGAGGUCGGCAGCAACCCUCAUGAGCUCCAGGAGCUGCUUAGGGACUGCAGUGGCAGCAUCACGCUCAAGGUUCUGCCGAGCUACAAGGACACACCAGCACCGCCACAGGUUUAUCUUAAGCCACACUUCAACUAUAAUCCAGCCACAGACAACUUGAUCCCCUGUAAAGAGGCCGGUCUGGCUUUCUCCAAAGGCGACGUUCUUCAUGUAGUCAACAAGGAGGACCCCAACUGGUGGCAGGCUCGCAAAGUUGUUGGUGGUGCAACUGGUCUCAUCCCCAGUCAGUUCUUGGAGGAGAAGAGGAAAGCUUUUGUGAGGAGAGACUGGGAUGCUUCUGGUACAGCUUUAGGGAUGCUCUGCGGAACUCGAAAUGAAAAGAAAAAGAAGAAAAAAAUGAUGUACCUCACUGCCAAGAAUGCAGAGUUUGACCGCUAUGAGCUGCAGAUCUAUGAGGAGGUUGCUAAAAUGCCCCCGUUCCAGAGGAAAACACUGGUUCUGAUUGGAGCUCAGGGAGUUGGGAGGAGAAGCCUGAAGAACAGACUUAUCCUCUUGAAUCCUCUGAGAUAUGGAACCACUGUCCCCUUUACGUCACGCCGUCCCAGAGAAGAGGAGAAAGACGGCCAAAACUACUGUUUCGUGACACGGGAAGAGAUGGAGAAGGACAUCAAGGAGAGCCGAUACUUGGAGCAUGGCGAGUACGAUGGCAACCUUUACGGCACCAAGAUCGACUCUAUUCACGAGGUGGUCCAUGCUGGCCGUACCUGCAUCCUGGACGUCAACCCUCAGGCCCUAAAAGUCUUGAAGACUGCUGAGUUUAUGCCAUUUGUGGUGUUUAUUGCUGCUCCUGAACUGGACACAUUAAGAGCUAUGCACAAAGCUGUGGUAGAUGCUGGACUUACUACCAAACUACUCACAGAACGGCGGAAUUAUGUGACGAUUGGUGUACGUUUGUCUGUGAAUCUGGCUGUGUGAAACAUUACUCAAAAACGGAUUUGGAUGAAAUCUUCAGGGGAAGUCAUAUAUGACACAAGGACCACCUCAUUAAAUUGUCACAGUGAUGUGGCUUGUAGUCUGGAUCCACGGCACGGUUAAAGAUUUCCCCAUGCGAGAUGUAGCUGCCGGCACUGCGUCGCUGUAACCAUGGCAACAAGUGAAAACUGUCAGUUACCUGCUGACUUUCACGUGAUUGCAAUCCUACUACAACGUCAUAGUUUAGUAUGUCGUCCUAAAUGUGGGAAAAAAAAAACCUUUCUGGAGUGUUUUUCAUGGCCUCCUUUACAUUAUUUCAUCAUAUGGCACGUUUUUACAACAUGUUGAAAAAUCUAAUUUUUUUUUCAACAUAGUAUACUAUGGCGUUUUUUUUUUGCGCCAAAAUUCAUGACUUCUUUUUCAAAGAAAACCUUUCUGAAAUGUUUUUCACGGCCUCCUUUACAUUAUAUCAUCAUAUGGCACGUUUUUACAGCAUGUCGAAAAAUCGUAUUUUUUUUUCGACAUAGUAUACUAUGGCGUUUUUUUUGCGCCAAAAUUCAUGAUGAUUUUUUUUUCAAAGAAAACCUUUCUGGAGUGUUUUUCACGGCCUACUUUACACUAUUUCAUCAUAUGGCAUGUUUUUACAACAUGUUGAAAAAUUGCAUUUUUUUUCGACAUAGUAUACUAUAGCGUUUUUUUGCGCCAAAAUUCAUGAUGAUUUUUUUUUCCAAAGAAAACCUUUCUGGAGUGUUUUUCAUGGCCUCCUUUACAUUAUUUCAUCAUAUGGCACGUUUUUACAACAUGUUGAAAAAUCAAAUUUUUUUUUCGACAUAGUAUACUAUGGCGUUUUUUUUUGCGCCAAAAUUCAUGAUGAUUUUUUUUCAAAGAAAACCUUUCUGAAAUGUUUUUCACGGCCUCCUUUACAUUAUAUCAUCAUAUGGCACGUUUUUACAACAUGUUGAAAAAUCGCAUAUUUUUUUCGACAUAGUAUACUAUAGCGUUUUUUUGCGCCAAAAUUCAUGAUGAUUUUUUUUUCCAAAGAAAACCUUUCUGGAGUGUUUUUCAUGGCCUCCUUUACAUGAUAUCAUCAUAUGGCACGUUUUUACAACAUGUUGAAAAAUCGCAUUUUUUUUUCGACAAUCCAAGCCUUUCUCAGUGAGACUUUGUCAAACGUGGCAGGUUGAAUCAGACUGAAGUUAUUGUGUAAAUAUUGUACAUUUUUUUCUGCGUGUUGUGAGAAUCGAUCACGUGCUGCUGUGCGUUAAUUGUGGGUCUUUGAUUGUAAACAUAGAACCAGUAGACGUGUCGCUGCAUCGGGACCUAAAUGUGUGACUGUAGUGUCAUCAGCUGUGUGCCGUGUUUGUGUAGAUGUAAAUGUAAAUCAUUCCUUGGGCUGUCUGGAGCUACAUGUUUUAAUUGAUCUGUUUGCAUGAGCUCUGAUUCCACGUCUCGCCUUUGAAACAUGUUCUGAGACUCUGCAGAAUUAUUCCGUGUUUUUCCCGAUGACUUUAAACACUCCUCUGACUCAAAGUGUUGAUCUGUAUGUUGUUCUUGCAAAAGGAAACAAUGUUGUAAUUACUGCCUGUUUCAUUUCUAUCAGUUUCCAUCAUUGAUAAUAAAUGAUUUUUAUUAGA